AUGUUGCCUCGCAAGUCCGGUGUGCGACUUGGCGUGGCUCUGCGCGCUCAGAGUCGCGCAUCCUUCUCCACCAGUUUCCAUCUCCGCGCUGGCCAACCCAAUGCUCCUCUGGACCUUGACCCGUCCAUGAAGGCGCUGUUAAGAGACGCGAACAUGUCCCUCCUGAAUCAUAAGGCCAAGCGCCACACAACCGACGCGUCUACGGCCUCUCUGCGCGAACUGGAGACCUUACCGUCCGAGACUGAAGAGCUGGAAGAGCUGGCACUUGAACCUGAUGAGCGCGUCGGGCGCAAGUCACCGGCUGCGCGAUUCGGAGGUCAACAAGUGGGAGCCGUCAUACUCCCGGACGAGUUGCAGCAAAGUAUAAACUCAGUCAUUGAAGACUCGGAUAAAUCACAGCUUCGUAACGACGCAAAACGCCUGUUCCAGAACGGAGUACAAGACGGACCGUCCGGUAGUUGGAACUUCCAAUACGACGUGCAGUACAAGUCUCGUCGGAAAGCUCACGACCUGGGCGAACGCGAUGGCACAGCAUUCGCCACAGUCGCACUACCCGCACAUUAUGCCGCCAUUUUUGCCGUCCUCAGCCAUGCUAAACAACGACUGGGUCCCGAUUGGCACGUCGACACAGUUUUUGACUGGGGAGCUGGAACCGGGAGUGCCUUCUGGGCCGCUUCCAACGUGUUCCAGACCGAUGCCGCCACAGCGAAUGACUACGCAUCCAUGCCCGAGAGGUGCAUCUCAGGCAGUACCCUGACUCGAUACAUUGCGGUAGAGCGCAGGCAGGGUCUCGCUGCGAUGGGGCAACGUCUAUUAAGAGACGUUCAACUGGAUGGUAUUUCGACUACCUGGAACAAAGGAUUCUCGGAAGAGUUUCAUCUCGCUGCUGGAAGCGGCAAGGGGGCCCUGGCCAUAUCCGCCUUUCACCUGUCUGAGGCCAAGGGAGAUGCUGAACGUAAAGAUAUUGUCAAGCAAAUGUGGAAUAGCGGAGCGGAAACCAUAGUUUUGAUAGACCACGGCACGAAGACCGGGUUCUCGCACGUCAUCGAGGCCCGGGAAUAUCUCUUGACACUCGGAAACCGGGAGGCGAUCGAAGGUGGGACUGUCCCAGGAGCGCAUGUUCUGGCGCCGUGUCCCCAUGAUGGUGCCUGUCCACUCGCUUACGACGAGGCGUCAAUGCGGCUCGUUUGCUCCUUUAAUCAGAGACUACAACGCCCCGCAUUCGUUCGUAAGACCAAACAUUCUGGGGUAGGACACGAAGAUGUCGGAUACUCCUAUGUGGUAGUUCGCCGUGGCGCGCGUCCAGAGCGCGCCCAAACUCGUGCCGGGCGUCAAGGCGAGCUUGGUCGCCGCGACAUGGAGGAACAGCUUGUCCGGGGUCCAUAUGAACUUCAGCUACACGACGAGUCCAUCCCAGAAGACGCGUCACGUAGUGUUCCAACUGAGAUUGUAUCGGACGAGCAGUUCAAACUCGGUCCUGAGAUGCGCGAGACGCUUCGGCAUGAAGCGUACGACUGGCCGCGCUUGGUCUUCCCUCCCCUGAAGCGCAGCGGUCAUAUCAUACUAGAUGUAUGCGCUACGGAAGGUAAAAUCAUGCGUUUGACUAUCCCGAAGUCGCAAGGCAAACAGGCUUACUACGACGCACGCAAAUCCGAAUGGGGUGACAUCUUCCCGCACGAGCCCAAAAAUCGCUCACAGAUCCGUUAUCAGCCGACGCGCGCCAAACGUAUGGGGGGCACAGACGCAACACGAGGUCUGGACAUCGGGAAACGUGCCGGCGGUAAGGAGACGAAGGACCCAAAGGCGUCUUAUACACGCAUCGCGAAGAAUAUCCGCGCUGAAGAGAAGUCUGCGCAGAAGAUUCAGCGGCGGGCAGCGAGGAAAGCCGCAGCUGUGGAAGCGGCCGAGAGGGAGAACAUCGCGUGGUGA